GCUCAGGGUUCAAGUCCUCACGCAACUUCAACCAUAUCGUUCCGGCGGCACUUUUGCGUCAGUGCGGUUGUGCAUUCUGUUUGGAAGAUAAGAUUUACGUAACCGAAGGAGGAGAUCCAGCCAUCCAGGGAGGUUUUCAAGGAUAACUCUGGUAGAUUAAGCUGAAGUUUUACUAAAAUUUAGUGGCGGAGUAACCUUAGGGCAUCGUAAUAAUGGCGCAUUCUUGCGUCGCGAUGUCGGCUUCGGCACUCAGAGUCAACACUUUCGUCUUCUCCACACACUCUACUUCUCGCCCUGAAUCUGGCAGGCUCUCCCUUCCCAUUGAAUCCACGCCUUCCAGGAGAUUAAGAAAAUCACUUUCUAAUGGGAAAGCUAUCCGAAGAUGUUCUCCGACGAUGGCCGUUUACUCCGAGGAGUUCUGGGAGCCGGAGAAGAGUCGGCGACAAGGGAUUUGGUCAAUUAGGGAAGAUUUGCAACUUCCAUCUUCACCGCACUUCCCGGCUUAUGCACAAGGAGGGCAAGGGCCAUCUCCUAUGGUGCAAGAGCGUUUCCAGAGUGUUGUUAGCCAGCUCUUUACCCAUAGAAUUAUUCGUUGUGGAGGUGCCGUUGAUGAUGACAUGGCAAAUCUUAUCGUUGCACAGCUUCUUUAUCUUGAUGCUGUCGAUCCGAAAAAGGAUAUUGUCAUGUAUGUGAACUCUCCGGGAGGAUCAGUGACAGCUGGUAUGGCUAUAUUUGAUACAAUGCGGCAUAUCCGACCUGACGUUUCAACUGUAUGUGUAGGGCUGGCUGCUAGUAUGGGAGCUUUCAUUCUUAGUGCUGGCACCAAGGGAAAACGGUAUAGCUUACCAAACUCGAGGAUAAUGAUUCAUCAACCCCUUGGUGGGGCUCAAGGUGGACAAACUGAUAUCGACAUUCAGGCAAAUGAGAUGCUGCAUCACAAGGCUAAUUUAAAUGGGUACCUCUCCUACCACACUGGCCAAAGCCUUGAGAAGAUCAAUCAGGACACUGACCGUGAUUUCUUCAUGAGUGCAAAAGAAGCUAAAGAGUAUGGGCUCAUAGAUGGUGUCAUCUUGAACCCUCUGAAAGCCUUUCAGCCACUGACACCUAGUGCCGAACAAUGAAGACCAGUAUCACAUCUCACCUUCAUACAUCAAUUAUCACACUUCUAUCUUGAAUCAAUAUCAGAGAAUGAACCAGGGAAGAAUAUAAUGUUGCUUGUCCUUGCUAAGAUUUAAUGGUAUGGUGGAUGUGUCUUCCACAGAGAAGUAUUUAAACAGUUUUUGAGCUAUAACAGUGAAAUACAAAGCUUGAGAUCAUUGUUAAAGUCAGAUUUGUAGUUUUUGGGCCUGCAUAGUUUAUUGAACAGUCUCAGGAAACCUGCUUGAGUUUACACUGGAUCUUAUUUGUCAAUCAUCAUUAAUUCAUUAGUAUUGAAGGACAAAA